AUGUCGACGUCCCAGACGCCGCCCGCACCCGUCCGAUACAACUCUCGACUCCCCCCUCCCAUCGCCUCGAGUCCAGCCAGAGACGGCUCUUACAGCGACGCCGCACCACCUACGCCGCCGAAGAUGUCCUCAUCGACCUCCUCUGCGACGUCGCCGCCGUCCUCGCCGAGCCUCGCCUCUUCGAACCGCAAUCCCGGCGACGCCGCAUCAACGGGCAUGACGCCUUCGCGAUCCUGGACUCGACUUCAGCCACAGCAGACAUUUGUGAACGGUCGCGGCGAACAACGGGCGCCAGCGGCACCGAAGCAAUUCGUACCGCUUGCUCCGUCGACCGGUACUCCUCCUGCGCUCGGCGUGCAGCUCCAGGGCAAGCAGGCGUACGUCCGGCGAGAGCCUUCACCUGGGCCUUCGCGCGAUAUGAGCGGAGGAGGCGAGGACCAGACGGUCUACCUGUCUAGUCAGUUUGGCGUUCGCCAGCGUCUCGCGGUGAAGACGAGCUCGCGUCCACCUGCACCUCGAGCGUCGCUCAACGGUUCGCGACGGACUUCCACCGCAUUCUCCGCGACACCUGCAGAUGGCUCAUCACCUGCGCCACGGAUCCAGCCCUCCGAUCUCUCUCCGGCAUCGGCGAACGGGCGCAACGCCAGCCCGAGCCCUUCCUCUGCUUCGACGCCGCCGCAGGCGAGUGGCAGAACGACUCCCACGCCAACUUCCCUACGCCCUCCUGGAUCCUACGUCUCCACUUCUUCUGGCGCUACGACGCCUGCGACUGCUCGCACACCGUCUCCAGCACCGAGCGUCGGCUCACGGUCUGUUCUUGACCGUCCACGACCGAGAACGCCAGAAGCUUUCGGCGACGACACGAUCAGCUCGACCUUUGCGACUCGCCACGCAGGCAACGUCGUUCACGCCCCGCGACCUUCGCGUCCCGCGAAUCCCGCAUCAACCUCCAUCCUGGACCGACCACGACCGACUACGCCGGAUUCGACCGUCGCCCUAUCCGCCUCGACCACAGAGGCGUUUGAACCCCCGCCGCCGACGAAAAACAGCGUCUUGGAUCGUCCUCGCCCGAAGACGCCGGAGACCGGCGGGCUCUUUCGAUUCGGUCAAGGGCAACAAGCGCAGUCGGCUGGUCGACCACGAACACCGGACGCGACGAGCGUAUUCCGGUUUGGCGUUGCAGGGGACGGCGUCUCAGGUUCGACGAGAGUGCUCGAUCGACCACGACCGAAGACGCCCGACAGUACGAGCGUCUUCGCAUUCCAGCCACCGACUGCAGCAUCGUCUGUCGGCCGCUCUCCACAACUGGAGAAGCCGACGUACAGCGUCCUCGAUCGCGUUCGACCGCGAACGCCAGACUCGCAAGCGUGGCUCGAUAGAGCGGCGCUGCGGCCUAGCCCUCUCGCCACGAGCGGUGAUGUCGGCGCGAGCGCCCAGCAUCGACCCACGGGGUCGAACACCACAACGAACAGCACGUUUUCGUCGUCGAAAGGCGGUUCGUUCGAUUCGCUCGGCCCCUUCAGCGCCACAAGCGGGCUGUCCUCCUCCGGCUCCGUCUCUGCGGCUACGUCGGUUCGGCCUUCACUUGAUUCGGCGCUCCAAACGGACUCGCCGUCUCGGGAUCGUUUCUCGACGGGCGGCGCUCCGCUGCUAAAGCUCGACUUCGACUUCGAUUUUGGGUCCGCCUUCGGCAGCACGGAAACGAUGUUCGGCCUCAGCGACUUCUUGAAGUCGGGCAACCCAUCGGAGGAUUCGGUGUCGGCUUCGGCGCGUGCAGCUUCGACGCAAGUUGUACGGUCCGCGCCUUCGACCGGCUCGUUUGCUACACUCACCCCUCCGCCUGAUCGUCCCGCCCGCAAAGAGCCGUCGAGGGUCGCCUCCGAGCCCACGGACGCUCCGAGACAGCCGUCCGCGCCCUCCGCAGGCGACGAAGCUGAACCAGCGACCGGAGAACGGGCAAAGCGGCCCCGGCUUGCAGGCGAAGGCGAUACGGCGAAGCAGAGCGUUGAGCGGGAUGUGCGCGAACAGCCAUCCUCCGCCUCACUGCGAAGCUCGGCUCAGAGCGGCGCCUUCAGCGACGGAUCGUUCUCGACAGGCACUCCUAGCCUCGCGUCCGACACGAAUCCGAAGCCGCAGAGGCGCAGGCGACGGAGUCUUGCCAGCCUGCUCUCGAUCGGGUCAGUGACGCAGAUGGGCGAGCGAAUGAGGGGCAAGGAGGAGAAGGACGGCGCGCUUGCCGCCCAUUCCGAACGAUUAUUCACGCCUGAGCCCGGCGUCAGCAGGGCUCUCGCAACGCCCGAACUCUCGGCUCCUCUCGAACUCGCACUGCCGAACCCUUCACGUGCGGUCGACAAGUCGUUGCCGCCGACUCCGCUUGCCCCGUCGCCGGCAGCUCGACCUUCUCCACCAGCGACCGUCACGAGAUUGCACAGCCAGUCGGAGGAGACGAGCAAGCGCUCAUUCGGUUCAGCUGUCGACUCCGCGAACAAGGGUCUGAACCGGCAGAUCUCGCGCUUGCGGAACCGGCCUUCAGCCUCGCCCGAGCCUCAGGGUCCUCGCACGCCCGGCUUCCAGGUCAUCUCGGGCUCGACAACCCGCAAAUUCUCGCGAGGGAAGAAGGCCUCGCUGUCGUCGCUCGAGACGUCCGAGACACACGAGUCGUCAAGCCGCAACACCUCCUUCGACCACCCUUCCUACCCUUCCGCCGCCUCGAAAGCUCUAUCAGCCGGCCUUCCCGCCGCAUCUGCGAGUUCCUCGUCCAAGCCGUUUGGUCGUCGUCUCGUCGAACGUUUCACGAAGAGCUCGUCUGCCGGCAAGCCUGGACCUGACGAAGGCCAGAGCUGGUCGGCGCCCGUGCGGGAUCACUCGGAGGAGACGGCGCCGCCUCGUCGACCUGGACGUCGACGUUCAUCUUUGUCGAGCCUGCUGGGCGUCGGCGGUAGUUCCAGUGCAGACGUUCAUGCGGAUCCGGCUUCGGCACCGAAGAAGCUCCUGGGCAUGAGCUUGCCGGCAGGUCGGAAGAGCGAAGACUUGUUGACGAGCGGGCGUCUGCGCAGCACAGGCGAGAGGGAGAUGCGCAGGGCAUGGGACGAACCUCCGUCGCUGUCGGGUCCUUCUUUGAGCGGCAGGCGAAGCUUUGACGCCCUUCGCGACGCUCGCCCCGUUGCGCGUACGCCAAGCACCGACGACCUCCUCAGCCUCGCGACCGCCAAGCUCUCGAAGCUCGCCGUCCCAUCCGUCGUUGCCGAACCGCCACUAUCGCAGCUCGCAUCAGCAAGUCAGCAGGUCCCGACUCCGCAGCCAGUCGACCCCACGCCUUCCCAGCCUGCGGUCCCCGAGGUUGCGCCCAUCCAGCUUCCAUCGUCUGCUGAGACGACGGUUCCAGCUGCCGCGCCGACAGCUACGGCGAUAGCCCGACCAGAGACUCGCUAUCCAGACGCGCUCUCUCAACUCGUCGCGAACGACCCGGUCAACCCGCUAUUGCCCGCCCCUCCCCAGCCUCAGCAGCUGCAUCCUUCGGCGCCUUCUCAGCGAAAGCGCUCUCCGCCUGUGGACCCGCCAGUAUGGCGACGGCCCGCACCGGCUACAUCUCGCCGUCCCGGCCACCCAGAGACGCAUCUGAGCAAUGCCUGGCUCGAAUUGGAGGACGCGCUGAGAGUAUAUGCUGUGCUGAUCCAGGAGCGCAAGCCCGACAGAGGCGCCAUCAUCGGCAACGUCGUCCUACCCUUCCUGCAGCGAGACGACGACCAUCCCGUCCUCAAUCUCAGCGACCGGCUUGCUAAACGCCAGCGUGAUAUUCUUUUCGAGUGGCUCAAGACGCUGACGACGGAGUUGCAUGAGAUGCAGCCUGCGCACCGCGGCCUCAGCCUGGAAGCCGUCGCAGGCAUCGCUGAGAGCCACCACUUCUCGGCUUCCGCACUCCGCAAUGACACCAAGGCGCAGGUCCGGUAUCGCUCGACGCUGAUCCGCAUGCUGGAUUUUGCCGUGGAGAAGCUGAACGACAAAGGCGCGUGCAGCGGGGAGACCGUCUACGCCAACACACUCGCUUUCUCUGGUCGAGUCUUCGCUCUCGCCUUCUUCCGCGUCGAGGGGGUCGCCCUCAAGCUCUUGCGCGCGCUUCCGACCGUGAAGCGUCAGGCCUUGCGAAGGGUGUUGGAAGAAGCCGGUGUGCAGGAAAACGCUCUCCCGCCAGCCGAUGUCGACCGCUUCCCGCCCCAUCUGUCCGACCUCUGCUUGCGCGACUUUCCGACCUACGUCAAGCUGCACAUCGGACAGCGGCAGCAACUCGGCGACGAAGAUCGAAUUCUCGUUCGCGACGGUGACGUCGAGGUGGAGAUGUCGGGAAACUGGCUCAUCCGCUGGACGGCAUCCGACUCAGACCUGCCCUUCGCCUUCUACCGCGCGUAUCAUCACCAACUAGCUGCUCAUCUCGUCUCGUCUGAGCUGCGCUCGUCGGUUCGCACCCAGCCAUCGCUUCCGCCGUCCGUCGUCAUCACAGCGCCCGGUUUCCUCUUCUUGGCCGCUUCGCUUCUGGACAAGAGCGACGCUCUCGUCCAUCGCAACCUCCGCUCCGUCACCUCGAUCGGCCCGAACAGCGGAAAUUUUGCCGUCAACGACUCGGCGAAUCUGUCCUUCGGCCAGAAGCCAAAGGUUCUCGAGCUCGCACACCGCCGGGUCGUCCAGACAAUGGUCGACAUCUAUGGGGGCGCGACUCCGGCCCCUAAGACCGACGAGCCGCAAGACCCGGACGCCCAUGUUCGCCGAUACCUUUUCGCGCAGAUGUUGCCGGUCUGGCUUAGAGCGUGCGUGAAGCGGACGUCGUUGUGGGACACCCGGAGCGUCUACCUCGUCCUCGACCUGGUCGAAGGCCUCAUUUACCAGCUCGCCUAUCCUGCGCCCGACUCCGACGAAGACGAUGCGUUGGCGGCGAAGCCAGACGCAACCGUCCUCGACGCCUUCGACCUCCCUUUCUUGUUCUCGGCCGUUCGCAAGAUCUUCCUCGAGGCCGACGGGACGGUCACCCUCAUGCGGACAAUCUCGUUCCUCUACUCGCAUUUCCCUCUGUUCACGAUGCGCAACGACGAUCGGACCGAGUUGUGCGAGCGCCUCAUCCUCGACGAAGCCGUCUUCCAAAGGCUGUUUCUCCACUGGAACUCCGGCGUUCGCGGCUACUUCAUCCGUUUGCUGGUUUGGCGUGUUUCCCGCCUCGGCGUCGUCGCGCACGAACAGAACCCGAACCGUCCCCCAGACGACGGCAUCGUCGCCAUUUUCAAUCUUCUGAAUGUUCGCCUCGAAGCUCUGCGCAAGCGGCACGACCAGCUUGAGCCGUUUGACAGUCUCUCCGAGGACGACUUCCUCUUCAGACCGAAGAGAUCUACGAUCUGCUCGACCCGCGGCGUCAAGGAAGCACCUUGGACUGUCGACGAGCUCGCUGAACCGGUCGAAGAGGAGGAGCCCGAGUCGGAAGAGGUGAUGCAGCCAGCGCCACCCGUCAGCGCUGUUGCCGAGGCCGAUACAAGUGAACAAGGCGGCAAGAGGCAGGACCAGAAGACGGUCUCGAAGGUCGUCUCAUGGCUGAAGGGCGGGAUGGCCAAGAAGCAGAGCAAGGCUCGCUCGUCGCUCGACUCGAGGAUCGACCCAUUCGCAUUGGACCGGGACGAUACGUCGUCCUCUUCUCGCCGCAGACGGAUGGGGUCCAGCAGCAGCGACGUGUUGUCGGUCAGCUCGCAGGACGUGCCGACGACAGUCCUCCCGACAAAGGUCGAGACAGGCGCCAUCCCCGACGGUCGCGCCUCGCCAGCUCCGCGAUUGCCGACGACUGCCGUCGAUCGAGCCUUGCUUUCGCCACCCAGCUCGCCGUCGCGACCGGGAAUGCCGUCUCGUCGAACCUCAAGCUCUGAAAAACGUCGCUCGCACGGCUCCGCUUUCUUCGCCUUCGAAUUCGAGAACGGCGUGGUUACACGUACCGACGUCGAUCCUGCCCUCGCUUCGUCGGCUGCGUCGGCCAAAACCAGCGAUACCGCGUUGCCCACCUCGCCCAUUCGACCGCGCCACGCAGGAGAACACCACCUCGCGCUCUCACCUCGCGUCUCCUUACGCUUCUCAAAGCGGAUUUCGAUUCUCCCGCCAGCUGCGCUGGACCUCCUACGCGAGGUCAGCGGCGUUGAGGACGUCCCGCCGAUCCCCGCCAGGUUCCGCGAGACGGUCGAAGCCGGUUACGACAAGAGGCUGCACCCGUACGCCAUCCGAGGUCUGCGCGACUAUGAAGACGCACUCGACGAGUGGACGGAUUGGAUCGCCAGUCUCCAGGAAGACGAGGAUCUCAAUGGCAGACUGAACAAGGGCUUCGCCGAUGUUGUCCCUCGUCUUGGUGUCAACUGGCCACUGCAGCAGGGCGAAGACUGA